AUGCCAUCAAUUACUGGCGGUGCCCGGGGGGUCGCGCCCCCCCCUGCCCAGUCUGGGGGUGACCCUGGGCCGCCUCCUGGGGGCGCUCGAGGCGCUCGUGGCCCCCCCGGAGCGGGCGCGCGCGCGGCGCCUCGUGCGCGACUUCGGGGCGCCGGGGGGGGCGGGGUUUGGGGACCCCUCCCCAAUUUGGGUCUGGGGUCUCAGGAGUGGCCCUGGGGCUCCAGCGAGCGCCUCCCGCUGCCCGUGCACACCAGCGCCGGGCUGGUGCUGCCCCCGCUCGGCUGGGAGGACUGGAGGGGGCAGCUCUGGUUCGCCGCCCGGUUCCUCUCGGGGGUUCUGGACUAUCGGGAGCAGCUCCUGAGGCGGGACCCCCCCGAGCCCUGGGUGCAGGCCGCCUUCGGGGGGUGCCGGGUGCCGGGGUCCCGGCGGGACGAGGUGCUGAGGGUCCCCCCGGGGGCGCAGCCCCCCCCCUUCGUCACCGUCUGCGCCAACGGCCAGUUUUUUGGUGUCCCCACGAUGUUUUUCGUGUCCCUGUGA